AUGAAUGAAGUUGAGGUGAUUUUGAGGCUACAGCAUCGCAAUCUUGUUAGACUUCUUGGUUGUUGUGUGAAGUCUGAAGAAAAACUGCUUGUUUAUGAAUACAUGCCCAAUGGAAGCUUGGAUGCCUAUCUCUUUGGUUCACAUAGGCAUAACCUUCUUACUUGGAAAACACGCAAACUUAUCAUUGAGGGGAUUUGUCGAGGCCUGCUUUACCUACAUCGGGAUUCAAGGUUAAAAAUUAUUCACAGAGAUCUCAAGGCGAGUAAUAUCUUGUUGGAUGAGGCAUUGAGCCCUAAAAUUUCCGACUUUGGUAUGGCAAGGAUUUUUUGUGAAAAUGACGAUCAAGCCAAAUACAACAAGGGUUGUUGGAACAUUGUGAGCACUCAUUGA